CGGGUCUCCGCAUGGUGCAGCGCGGCGGCACGCGGCAUGGCGGGCGGCGCGUGGUCGCGGCGCGUGGCGGGGCGCGCGCGCACGCUGCGCACGCUCGUGCGCGACACGCAGCGCGCGCUGCACGACGUCACGGACAUCUUGCCAGCAGACCCAGAGAUCUCAAUAGCGAUUCAAGAAAUCGGCAACCAGUCGACCACACGGCCCACGGCUCUAGUUAUUUUAGGCACCAGCAGUUCAGCACGAGCAAGACUUCUACAUUGUCUGCUGGGGAGACCAUUGUUACCCGAACCGUUACCUAGAGGAUGUCGAUGGUUGAGGAUCCAAUACGGCAGCAGCACGGCGGCGCAGCUGACGUUGGGUAACACCGAAUUCGAGUUCGUGGAGGAACUGGAGUCCAACAAGAAGCCUUGGGAUACUAUUCCUCUAGAGGAUCUCAUCCGUCAAGACCAAACAGACCUGGCGACAAUGUUAGAAAUCGAACUGAACAACUCAUUUUUAAAAGAUGGUUUAAAAAUAAUCGUGCCUCCAGACAUCGAUACCGAUCCAGGUCAAAUGUCAUAUAGUACAUUGAAAGAUGUACAUUCCGAAUUGUAUACUAAGAGAGAUUUGAUAUUGAAGAAUUUUACUCCGGUAUAUUUAUACGCUGUAGAUAGGAUAGGUAGGAAUAUAUUCGCUGAAAGCGUAAUUAGCAUGGUGACGUCACGGAGCGAGGAAGAUUUUUGGAGCACGUUUCACUUGUAUUCGAGCAAGAGUGAGGGACGUACGGAGGAACUUGUUAAGAGUACCGAAAAGACCUGGAAGGGGAGUGAACAUAGUGUUUUUACUUCGGAGAACUGCCUGGACCUUCACCAAAUAAAAGAGAUCGACCCGCAUUCGCAAGUUCUCUUCGUUCUCUUCUCGGACAGCACAGCUUCAAAUCACGUAGAAGAGAACAGAGGAGAUAGCAAUAUCGAAGCCACGGAGUCUACCGAGGACACUGUGCUCAGGACUGCGGAGCUGCCGGAGUCCGAUCAGGGGUUGCUGAAAGAUGGAGGGUUAAGAUCGGAGACACUAUCUCUUGACGGCGAGCCAAAAGCGGACAUCAGACGGCUGCGCGAGGAUCAAACUGCUUUCAUGAAUGAGCUGCUCGACCAGUGGGAGUUAAUGUGUAGCCCACCCCCGAAGCACUACGUGAAAAGCCAAUACACGAUAGUGGACGACGCGGAAAUCCUCCGCUCGAGUGGUAGCAGCGGGGAGGCCGAGGGGCGGCGGCAGGGGGCGAGGGGGGAGCUGCUGAGCGCAGUCGUCAGGUUCGCAGCAGAUUGCUGCCAGACUUACUUGCUGGAGUACUGUACAAGGCUGAGUGAGAUCCACGUGAAGCUGCUGCAGCAGUUCAUCCUGGCGUCCUUCGACAUGGCGCGCGAGCUGCAGGUCGUGCCCAAGAAGAUCCAGUACGUUGCCAGGCAGGAGCAGCAGCUUUACGAGACAAUAAACGAGAAGUUCUCCGAAGGCGACAAGAAGCUCGAGCUGGUUCGUAUCAUGGAAGACGUGUUGCAGGAGAUGAUCGCCGAAAUCGAUAACAUGGACUGGAGCGUCGAUGAUCUCCCGUGCCACCAAGACCGACGCUUCGUAAUCUCAAACUCAAUUUUCUACUCCUCCACGCGAUCAAGUCCGGAGCAGGUCUCCAUUCGUCUAACAGACUCCCCAACCUACCAACGUGAUCUGACACAUCCUACGAAGCAGCCAUAUCGACCGAACCCGAUUAACUCAGAUCUCAGCCAGUCGGGUAUUCAGACAUGUACGUCUGACCACCUGACAUGUCCGCCUGACCACCUGACGUGUCAGAUGGACCAACCAUCAGAUGGAGAAGAGGCGGUGUCAUAUGACAGUUAUAAUUUCGAUGAUUAUGAGAUUAUUGAGUCAAAUGAUGAAAGCUUCUGUGUUAGCGAGAGCUUCAGUAGAGCGAGGUCCAAAGCAGGCGUCGGCGCCAUCCGCGUGGAGAACGAGUCGGAGCUGUUCUCGCUGUCGCGCAGCGCCUGGGCCGGGGGCGUCGGGGCCAGCGCGGCCAGCAGCGCCACCACCUGCACCAACGCCGCCGGCAUCUCCGUCAAGCAGGCUUCCCUGGAUGUGCAGAGGACCGUUCUCUCGAAGCUGAGCCGCAAAAUAAGUCUGAAACUAGUCAAAUUCGUAGACUGCCUCAAAGACACGUACUUUGGAACUCUGCAAAGGUGUUUAGAAUCUCUGGAAUCAUCAUGUAGACAAGAGCUGGGUGGUCGCCCUGCCAGUGAGGCGAUGAGACAGCUGCUGUCCGUCGCGAGGCAAGUAGACCUGCAGCCUUGCGCCUCCUUCUCGCUGCUUAGGUCGCUGGUGGAGUCUUUGAAAAGGCUGUUUCAUAAACUGCGCAUCGUGUCCGGCGAGGCGGAGGACGCGUGCUGCGUGCUGAGCCCCGCGUGGCGGCGCCGCGCGGCCGCGCACACCGCGCACUCGCUCAGCGCGCCGCGACUCGCCAAGGUCAUCUCCUCGCAGAUUCUGGAGCGCCUGGGCGUGGCGCACGAGCGGUACCAGUCGGCGCUGAUGUCGCUGGAGUCCGCGCUGUCCAGUCGGCUGCACAACACGGAGGACGUCAAACUGGCCAUUAGGAAGAAGUACGCGCCUGCAUUCGCUCGACUUUGUCUCGAAAGCACGUCGAUGUGCGAUCUUCUCAUGUACGGGACACCAGAACUAGGACGGGAGAUAGGCCGCGGCCAGUACGGCGUGGUGUACGCCGUGCGCGGCGCGUGGGGCGGCCACAGCCCCGUGGCCGUCAAGUCCGUGCUGCCGGCCGACGAGCGCCACUACCACGAGCUCGCCAUGGAGUUCUUCUACACCAGGAGCAUCCCGGCGCACCCCCGCAUCGUGCGGCUGCUGGGCUCCGUGGUGCAGCGCCACGGCGCGUCGGGGCCCAGCGUGCUGCUGGUCUCCGAGCGGAAGGCGCGCGACCUGCACGCCGCCGUGCGGAAGGGGCUGGCCUUCGCCGCGCGGAUCCGGAUCAGCCUGGACAUCGUCGAGGGCAUCCGCUACCUGCACUCGCUGGGGCUGGUGCACCGCGACAUCAAGAUGAAGAACGUGCUGCUGGACGGCUUCGGGCGCGCGGCGCUGUCGGACCUGGGCUUCUGCGCCGCCGAGGCGCUGAUCUCGGGCUCGGUGGUGGGCACGCCCGUGCACAUGGCGCCCGAGCUGCUGCAGGGCGACUACGACGCGGCCGUGGACGUCUACGCCUUCGGCGUGCUCUUCUGGUACGUGUGCGCCGGCAACGUCAAGCUGCCCUCCGCCUUCGAGGUCUUCCAGAACAAGGAGCAGCUAUGGAGCAAAGUCAAAAGAGGUCUUCGGCCCGAGCGCUUGCCACAUUUCACGGACGAGUGCUGGCAAAUCAUGGAAUCCUGCUGGGCCUCGGAACCUUCGCAACGAGCAUUACUCGGCGACAUCCAGCCGUUGCUGGAACGUAUCCUCGAAAAUGCUAAAAAUUACGACCCGGACAAAAUUCAAUCACCCGCAGAACAGAGCAGAGAAAAGUUUCUUCGAGAAUAUUCUGACGAUGACAGUUUGUAUAUGACUGGCGUUCAAGUCAAUGCGUUGUAACCGAAUUUUGCACUUUAUUACUUGCCUGUACGAGCAUGAAAUGCUAAAAGAUUAAUGCAUUGAGGAAUACACAUUAUAUAAUACUUGAUUUUCCCAGUCGUAAAUUGCGUAGUUUGUUAAUAAACAAGAUGGCGUAAUGUUUGUUAACAAGAUGGCGUAAAGUUUGUUAGCAAGAUGGUGGUUAAAACUAUUUAUCUCGCCAGUCGGUGCCUUUAUGCCUACUCGUUUAGUGGACAAUCUGUCGAUGUAGUUUUCUGUACUUUAUACAGACUUUACCAGUUUUGCCAAGCAAUCAUCUUCUCGCGGCACAGAUUUUUUACGAUCCAAGGACUGAUCGAAGACGGAGUCACGAUUAUGGUGCAAGGAUCUGAUUGAGAUCCUCCUUUUACAUUUAUUUUAAAAAAAUGGACCGUUAAAGAAUUGUGUAUUUUAUUAUUCUGUUAAUUCUUACCUAUUACGAUAGUAAUAAGGAGAUGUAUGCAUUAAAUGCGUUUUAAUAUUAACCCAUUGAAAUGACACUGGGUUAGUUUUAAAUGUAUAACCUAUGAUAUUAUACAGUUCUAAGUUAUAAAACUUAGCUCGGCUCUCACCAUACGUCUAUGCUCUUAAUAAGAAAUAAUACUGCUCAAAACCACCACUAGAGGCGCUGUCUAAAAUUAUGGAUAGUAUCACGUCUUUCAAUGAUAAUUUCAUUGCCUCCAAUCAUUGACUUACAAAUAAAUGGACGACGGGUCUAAUACAAAAACCACGAAAAAAAUGUCCCAAGUCAACCUAUUUAAACGUAGUGACA